AUGUCUGAGUUACACCAGCCGGUAAUGCCGCAAGAGGUUUUGGCUUAUCUCCAACCCCAAGAAAAUAGGAUUUAUAUUGAUUGCACGUUGGGGAGUGGCGGACAUUCGCAAAUUUUACUAGCGAAUUGUCCGCCGAUUAAAAUAAUUGCUUUUGACCAUGACCAAGAAGCCAUUGGUCGUUGUCAGCAAAAUCCUUUUUUUUCCUCGCAACCGAUUACUUUUAUCAAUGAUAACUUUGUUAACUUUCCGCAACAUUUAUCUGCCUUAAACAUUUCCCAGGUUGAUGGUUUUUUGUUCGAUUUAGGAGUUUCCAGCGAACAAUUAACCGACCUGCAACGUGGCUUUAGUUAUCGCCAAGACUCCCCUCUUGACAUGCGAAUGGAUAAGCGGAACAAGUUAACCGCUCAGGAUAUUAUCAAUAAUUAUGAUUACCAAAAAUUAGUCGACAUUUUUUCGCAAUAUGUAAAAAUUGUUGUUCGUUGUCAAGACAAGAAACCCAAAAAGCAUCCCGCCCGCCGAAUUUUUCAGGCUCUCCGCAUUGCCGUCAAUCAAGAACUAAUUAAUUUUUCUUUAACCCUAGAAACGUCUCUGCAAUUUUUAAAUCCGGAGGGAAGAAUUGUAGUAAUUAGUUACCAUUCCCUUGAAGACCGCAUUGUUAAACAAACGUUUAGAAAAUACGCUAGUCUUGGUUUUCAAAUACUAACCAAGAAGCCUUUAUGUCCCCAACCCGCGGAAGUAGCCAAAAAUCGUCGUGCUCGUAGUGCAAAAAUGCGAGUGAUUGCUCGCUCGCUACCAACUGUGA